AUGGAGCAAUUUGCAGCUUGUGAUACAAUUGAUAAAUUCUACUCAGAUAAGCCCAUGUAUUUGAAUCCCAGAUAUAUAGGUGGGAACUGGAGUAAAAGAUUAUCCAAUGAAGAUAACGGGAAAGUUGGGUAUCUGGAUAUUUUAAAUAGCAUUCAGGAUAGUGAUAAACAGAAAGAGAAAGAGAAAGAGAAAGAGAAAGAGAAAGAGAAAGAGAAAGAGAAAGAGAAAGAGAAAGAGAAAGAGAAAGAGAAAGAAAAAGAAAAAGAGAAAGAGAAAGAAAAAGAAAAAGAGAAAGAAAAAGAGAAAGAAAAAGAGAAAGGAAAAAAGAACAGAGAUCAAGAAAAUAGAAAUCGAGAUUUAAAAAAAGUUGAAAAUGAAUUGGAUAUUCAAGAAGAAGAUAUUUUUCUUGAUUUAAUAGAUCCGAUAAGUCGAAAAAAUAUUAAAUUGCCCUGCAUAUCUAAAAGUUGUUUGCAUUUAUCAUCGUUUGAUUUGUCGAGUUUUUUGCAAUUGAAUGAUUUAAUUAAACUCAAUGAUGAUAGCAAGAAUAUAAAAAUGAAAAUUGGAGGAAAUAUUAUUGAUAAAAAAGAUGAUAAUGAGAAUAAAGAAGAAGAAAAGAGGGAAGAGGGGGAAGAGGAGGAAGAGGAAGAAAUCAAUUUAAAAGAUGAUAUAAGUUUAAAAGAUGUGAAUAUUAAGAAAAUUCAGAAAAAAUAUGAAAAAAUUAAAAAGAUAGUUAAAAAGUUUGAGGAAAAUCAAUUAUUAAUAUUAGAUAAAAACUUUAAAAUUACAAAUAAUUAUGAUAAUAACAAUUAUGCAAUCAAAACAUUUAAUACAAAUAUAACGACUAAAAAUAAGAUUGUGACAGAUAAGAUUAAUAAAUUAAUUAAAAAACUAAUUAAUAAGUUUAACAUUAGUAUCAAAAUAUAUUUAAAAGAUUUUAUUAAAAAUUUAGAAAGAUUAGAAAGAAGAGAGAUCAGGUUUUUUUUAGAGAGCAAUACAUUGGUAAAUUCGUUACAUGAAUUUUUUCAAGAUGAAGAAAGUGGAGCAAAAAGCGGAGAUGAUAAUAAAGGUGAUAAUAAAGGUGAUGACGAUCAUGAUAUAGAAGGUGAAAUUACUAAUGGUUGUGCUGAUAGAAGUGAGACAGAUCAUAGUAAUGAGGUAAAAAAAAGAAAGAAAGUGAAAAAAUUUGAUAAUAAAAUCAUUAAUACUAUUAAUAUUAAGAGAAUGGAUUAUUCGGAAUCAUUUGAUUCGAUAUUCAAGAUAAAUGACAAAGUUACAUUUAGUUCGAACGAAAAUUUGAAUUUGGAAGUAUCAGAUAGUUUGGUAUUAUUUGAUAAUGAUACGUUGUUUGAGCAAGAUGAUCGAGAUUUUUAUAACACUUCCAGUUAUAAUAGUUAUAAUUACGAUUACAAUUACGGACAUAAUAAUAAUGAUAAUGAUAAUGAUAAUAAUAAUCUGUAUUAUGGUGAUUUUUUGAAUUAUUCAAAUAAAAAUAAUAAAAGCAGUAAAAAGAAUGAAAAUCGAAAAAACAAUUAUAAUCGAAACAAAAACAAUCCUCAAAAAAGAAAAGUCCGGGAAAGUGAUUAUUACGGGCUAUUAUUCAAUGGACAAAGUGUUACUACGGUGUUUAAAAAUGAUUAUUCUGAUAAAUAUAGCGGUUCAUUUAGAGUCCGAUUUAAAUAUUUUAGGGAAACUAGUAAAAUAGAAAUAUUAAGCAGAUGUCCCAUUUGUGAUAAUAAAAUUGAUGUAUUAAAAGAUUUGAAGAUUAAUUUUAAUAUCUUGAAUGUGUUGCUUCUAAGCGAAUUUAAGAUCAAUAAAAUCAAAAUUGGGUGUAAUGGAUAUUGGGAAAUUUUGGAUGAAGAUGAAACUCCCAUUAAUAGGACUAUGAAUGGGAAUCCGGAUGACAAUGCCAACGAUAAUGAAAAUAACACUAAUGAUGAUACUGAUGAUGAUAAUGAUAAUGAUAGUGAUAAAACUAAAACUAAAACUAAAAAUAAAAAUAAAAAUAAAAAUAAAAAUAAAAAUAGAAAUAAAAAUAAAAAAAAGAGAAAGAAUGGGAUUAUUAAUCUUCUGGAUGAAAGCGAGCUUGAAAAUGAUCAUGAAAAGACUCAGAAUCUUGCAAAAACAGAAAAAAAGAGAAAAAAAAAUCUGGAAAAAACACCUACAGAGAAGGAAGCAGUUUCUUGGUUAGACUUGACAGACGACAAUGUUUUGAAGGACAUCGAGAACAAUUACUACAGUAGAAUGGGUGGUAAUUCUGACCAGCCCAUCGUUGUUGACGAUUUUAUAGACGAUUGCAACUUCUCGACGUCUUUUUUCUCGGACGAGGACUCGUCAUUUGAAAACGACGUCUUUAAGACUGUCGGUGACGGUUCCAACGCGUUUCCUCAGUCUGGUGCAGCAGACGACCCUUUGGUGAUAGAAUGA